AUGAGAUACAGUCCAGCAAACUCCUAUGUUGCCUUCUGUGCUAUUUUGAAACGUGUUAAUAACGACUUCUGGUGUGAUGGUCUCACCGAAUCGAGAGAAAGCGACGAGUUGAUUCAAGAGCUAAAUCAAGGUCUAAGAAGCGGACGUUUCAUUCGGCAAAGGGACCUACGCCCAGGUUCUAUUGAAUCCAACAAUGUUCAACCUCAGCGCAAUCACGCACUACAAGAAAAUGAGCAGACUCCAUACGUGCCUAAUGUGGUUCCAAGGCUUGGACUAAGAGAUAACGGCUCAAGAUAUACAGAUGUGGAGAGAAAACUGAUAGGACAGCUUCGAGACGUGAUUGCACACCUUGAUCUUGCUGAUAUCAAACAGCAAAUCAGAGCUAAAGAACUAGAAGAGGCCUAUGCUAGAUUCCAACGAGAUGUACGCGAUUUUGAAGCAGAAAAAGAGGCCGAAAAGGAAAGAGUUCAGCGCAUUCGACGACAGCUAGAUCGAGAAAGAAAAAUAGCAAUGAAGGACGGCGCUGAGAAAGAAAAAGCGAUUGCCGAACAGGUCGAAGAUUUGACUAAAACUAUCGCCCAGAAGGACCGACAAAUAUCUACGCUACGCGUGCGAUUGAGAAAAGCAGAGGAGCAAGUAGAGUCAAAAGAUAAGGAGUUAGAAGAAACCAGCCAGAAGAUGGUGCGCCUAGAGAAAACCUGCAAAAUUCUUCAGGUAAAAGUUGAAGACUUACUAAAUUUUAAGAAAGUCCUAGGCCAAUAGCU